UUCCUAAUGUACACUGACAACAUUGGCUUGACCAGUAAACCUAAAUAUUAACACACCUGUGUCAAGUAUAUCUGUACAGAUUCCCCGUAUGACCAGAAAUAUCCACCUGUAAACUGACCACAGACAGGUAAACAGUGCUCACAGCCAUGGGGGUCCUAGUUCUGUUCGGAGGUCUACUUGCCCUGUUACAGAGGAAACAAGUGGAAGCCAAGUCCCCCCACAUUCUGUUCAUUGUGGCCGAUGAUCUGGGUUGGAACGAUGUUGGAUAUCACAACCCCGCCAUGAAGACCCCUAACAUCGACAAACUAGCGAGGGAGGGGCUGAUUCUAAACCAGACUUAUUUCCAGCCUCUGUGUAGUCCCUCCCGGCAUGCCUUUAUGACCGGGUAUUACCCCUACCGCGCAGGUUUACAGCACCUGGUGAUUAUGCCGUGGCAACCCGUCUGUUCCCCGCUCAAUAUGAAAUUUUUACCCCAGAGACUGAAGGACCUUGGUUAUGCCACUCAUAUGGUCGGGAAGUGGCAUUUAGGGAUGUGUAACUGGGACUGUACUCCGACCUACCGUGGGUUCGAUUCCUUCUUUGGUUUUUACCAUGCAAAGGCGGACUACUACUCACACAUCUCCUAUAAAUAUCUUGAUUACCGUGACAACGAGAAACCGGUGAAGAACCUCAAUGGGACCUAUUCCACGUUUACUUUUACAUCUAGAGCGCAGGACAUAAUCAAGAAACAUAACUCUAGCCAGCCUCUGUUUCUUUACAUGGCCUUCCCAAUACCCCACGAGCCAUUGCAGGUUCCCCAACAGUACGAAGACACGUAUCCUAAUUCGAUGUCCAAGGGAAGGCGCCAAUAUUCUGGCAUGGUGUCGGCAUUGGACGAGGCUAUAGGGAACAUCACGGACCAACUCCGGGAGUCGGGGAUGUACGACGACACCCUCAUUGUCUUCACAUCAGACAACGGUGGCUCGCCUAUGGACCACGGCAACAAUUACCCCUUGAGGGGCGCUAAGUUCACGGUCUAUGAAGGGGGUACUCGAGUGGUGUCCUUCGUUCACGGGGCGGGUCUACAGAAAACGGGAGAGGCCUACGAGAGUAUGAUGCAUGCUGUUGAUUGGUCAGAUACCGUUGUUGCGGCCGCUGGGGGAGAACCAGAUAUGAGGGAUGAUGGAGUCAGCCAAUGGACAGCCAUAGCACAGAACUCACCAGGUCCCCGCACAGAACUGGUCUAUAACUUUGAUCCUGACAGUGCCCCCGAACAAGGUCACGCAGCCAUAAGGGUGGGGGACUACAAGUUGAUACACGGCUAUCCAGGGUUAUUUCCAGAUUGGUACAAAGUGGACCAGCAACAUGAAUUCAACACGGAACCAUCUGUCCUGGAAAUGCUCGAACACGCUGAAAGAUACCAACUGUUCAAUAUUAAAGAUGACCCAACGGAACAGAACGAUUUGGCUCAAUCCAAGCCUGACAUUGUUAAAAAACUGAGUCAGAGACUUCAGAUGUUGACAAAGAAUGCACUUCCCCCAAACUAUCCCCUAGUUCCGGACCCCAAGAGUGACCCCACCCACUUUGACAAUGUUUGGUCCCCAGGAUGGUGCUGAAAUACUAAUACUAUCAUCAUUAUUAAAUUUAUUUCUAAUUUUGAUUGGAACCAAAUUGUUUUUGGUUGUAAAGUAAAAAUAUGUAUCGGUGAAAAUGAGAGCUUUCUCAGUUAGUUUUAACACGAACUUAUGUAAUUUGCUUUCGUGUAAAUAUCUCAUUAUGCUUACCAAGGAAAUGAUGGAGAAAUUUAUAAGCAAAUUCCAACAUAAAAGGCUGUUGUGUUGUACA